AUUACAACACGCAAAACCCUCUCUCUUUGUAUACUUUGCUUGUUCUACCUUCCAUAUAUAGAUAUAUUUUGUUCUUUCACAAAUUAACUUAUGGCUCAAGAUGCAGAAUAUGUUAAGGAAAUUCAGGAGGCUCGUGCUCAACUUGCUUCUCUUAUCACCAAUAAAAAAUGUGCUCCUCUCAUGCUUCGAUUAGCAUGGCACGAUGCUGGUACUUACGAUGCUAAAACAAGAACAGGAGGUCCCAAUGGUUCUAUAAGGAAUCAACAAGAGCUUAAUCAUGAUGCUAACAAGGGUUUGAAAACAGCUGUUGAAUUAUGUGAGGAAGUGAAGGUUAAACACCCAAAAAUUUCAUAUGCCGACCUUUACCAAUUAGCUGGUGUUGUAGCAGUAGAAGUCACUGGUGGUCCAACUAUUCAUUUUCUUCCUGGGAGAAAGGAUUCAUUGGAAUCUCCACAAGAAGGUCGUCUUCCAGAUGCCAAAAAGGGUGCAUCGCAUUUAAGGGACAUUUUUUAUCGUAUGGGUCUAAAUGAUAGAGACAUUGUAGCUCUAUCCGGAGGACACACUUUGGGUAAGGCACAUAAAGAUCGUUCUGACUUUGAAGGUCAAUGGACAAGAGACCCUAAUAAGUUUGAUAAUUCCUAUUUUGUGGAACUAUUGAAUUCAAAAUCAAAAGAGUUAUUGAAGCUUCCCACAGACAAGGCUCUAAUUGAAGAUUCUGUGUUCCGCAAGUAUGUUGAACUUUAUGCUAAGGAUGAGGAUGCUUUUUUCAGAGAUUAUGCAAUCUCACACAAGAAACUGUCUGAAUUAGGGUUCAUUAAUCCUAAUUGCAAUUAUCGUUCUAAAUUGGCCAAGGGAGUUAUUGGAUUUGCUAUUGCCUCAACGGUUGUGAUCCUCGGUUACUUACUAGAACUCAACAAAAAAAUAUAUUGACAAAAUAUUAUUUAUUGAAUGUUAUUAAUUUGUUCCCAAUAAAAACAUUAAUACUAUCAUGUAUAAGUUGUGAAGUUCAGAAGCAUUUAUAUACUACUUAAAUUUAACUUACA